AUGGACGUGGGUACAGCAGGCAGCAGCAGCAGCUCAAAAGGUCCCGGCGCCUUCACUGGCUCGCAGGCGCCUCAAAGCGCAUUCAGUAGCAACGAUGUCUCGUCUGUAGAUGUAAAAACCGCCAGUGCUCACGCCGUAGCUGCAGACGAGACGCCUGUGACACUUGCACAGCUGCACGAGGUGGUCAAGUCGCACAAGGAGUGGGUGAAGCAUAUCAUCUUUGACGGGGACGGGAAUAUCCUUUUGAGCAACAUCGAACCGCUGGAAGGCGACGUUGCCGGUUUGCUAACCCUUUACAACAAGCGUGAAGAUACAAUGGCGUCAGGGAUUGUACUGCUUCACGAGCAGUACGACGUGCAUCGGUUCCACCCGCCACUUGUGUACGGACGUCGGGGGGACCCGUCGGUAGAGGAAGGGGAGGGUAUUGCCGUGUGCAAAGUGGUGCAAGGCUGUCGCACACUGUUCUGUCUCAUCACUUAUGUCUACCCGACACUAUCGGCUCGUGCCGUUCCACAACUGAAGGAGUUCUGCGAGACACAACUCGUGCGGCUGGGUUGA